UCCCCUCGUCGCCCACGUCAAUCCCACAUCGCCCACCAUGGACUUUCUCGAUCAACCCCUCCCUGGCCACAUGCAAGACAUCUCCGCCUUCCGCCAGCUCUUAUCUACCCCCUCCGGCCGCCUCACCUGCCCCGACUCUGUUGCCCACCCCGAAGAGCCCGACUCUCUCCAGACGUCGAUGAUCGAGUCAUGGAGAGCGGCCGAGCCGUCUCAAGACUCUAGAAUAAAGCUGCUGAGGUUGAUAAAGGACUUGACGCAUAUAAUCAAUGUGGAGUACGGGGGAUAUGAUGGGAAGGAGGGUCAGAGGUUCUAUGUGGAUGUAUUUGGGAGCGUGAGCUGGGGAGGGGAUACAGGACAUAGCGGAGACGUGGAUCUCAUCAUUCUGGAUCGGCAGCUGUUGCAUGGUUAUGUGCCGAAACUCUGGAGGCGACAGCCUGGGCAGUCUGAACAAACCCCGAAAGAAGCCCUGCACAAACGCGAUUAUCUCCCUGUACCCAUUCCCGGGGUGCCAGGCUGCUACGACACCAUGUCUAUGGCGGACACUCUCAAGAGAGCUGGGUUUGAGGACGUCAAGAGCAUACCGAAUGCAAGCACGCCCAUAAACAAAUUCAAGUAUGCGGAUUUGGAGUGUGAUUUGAACGCCAACGACUUGGGAGGCUGGUACAACUCAUCCCUCCUCCUUCGUUACUGUAGCCUGUCCCCUUACGUCCUGCGUCCAAUGAUCCACACUCUCAAGCUGUGGUCUUCUUCCCACAAGCUCAACGACCCCUCCGGGGCCCGGGGCCCUGCCACCAUGUCAUCCUACUGCCUGACCUUGAUGGCCAUUGCAUACCUCCAGCAUCUUGGACACUUGCCCAACUUGCAGGACGUGGUCAAGGUCCCCGAGGUCAGCAGGCCAGAGGAUACAAGUGAGCACGAUGUGGUAUGGGUCUCUUGGGGCAAAGAGGAAGGGAUCAAGGCGAGAGUAGCAUUCAGUCUGGAGCUGCCAGAGGGCUGGGUGCAAAAGGAGAAGGACUUGACAGCUGCGGAUGCCAUUCGUGGCUUUUUCGAGUUCUUUUCGCUUUCCGGCACGGCUCCUCUGCGCGGGGAGAGGUUUGACCGCAACUCGGAGAUUGUUUCCAUCCUCAUGGGAGGCAUAGCCCCUCGCGCCAAAGCGUACGGUCAAGAGGCCCGUGAAGCCUCGGAACGACAGCAGCUUUUGGAGAAUAUGGGUGUACCAGCGCACAAGAUCAAGAGUAGUAAUGAUGAAAUGAGGCUGGCGAGGAUUGCAGAAGAGCCAAGAAUGGGCAAGGGUGAUCGGGGCAUACAGCCCAGGAAUUGGGGACAGAACAAACUGGUGGUACAGGAUCCGUUCUUGUGGCAAAAGAAUUGUGCUGGUCAGAUGACCAAAGGAGGACUCGACCGUUGGUGGACGACCAUCGACAACACCCAUCGAGCCAUGAAGCUCCGAGGUAAAAGCUUUACCGUGAGCGAGUUGAUCAUGAUGUGAGAUCGGCGAGCUGAAUAGCUUGUGCCAUGGGGUAUGUAUGAAGAAACGAAAAAACGACGACAACUGUCAUUACAAGCGACAGCGCAGACUGAUGUAUUUACUUGCACAACUUGCUCAUCUCUGGGGAAAUGUAGAGCGUGCCAGUGCAGGCCUACCUGCGGCUCAACUUUUGCAGAGAUUUGACUGUCAAUGUCAGGACAUGUUACAUGGCGUUUUGAAUAGAAGAUCCACUAUCACCUGCCAGGGUGCACUGCACUGGCUCGAAGAUCUGUUACGAUCACUGGCCCUGUACGCGGAGAUGCUACUGGACUGGGACAAGAUGAGGGUUGCAGAUACAAGCCAGUCAUUGAUAAGAU